AUGCAGUUGGACGCCACUUUCAAUUGCCAUGGCUCAAAGUUCUGGAAUUCUCAGAGUUAUAGUUUGGUGAGACACCAGCAACUCUUGGGCAGAGAAGAACCGAAGGCCUUGUCAAACCACAACUCCCACAAUUUUACAACCUUGGGCCAUGACAGUUAAAGGGGCGCCAAACCCCUGGAGGGCCCAUGUUUGCCCUUGCCUGAUCUGUACUGUAGAAUGAAUACAGUUUGACACCACUUUUAAUUGCAUUCAUUCUACAGUGAAGAUGCAUCCUAAGAGCUUGCCAAGAUGGCUUUGGGUGCAGAAUGAAUGCAGUUUAACUCUGCUUUUGAGCCCCCGGUGUCGCAAUGGGUUAAAACCUUGUGCCAACAGGACUGUUGACCGACAGGUCAGCGGUUCGAAUCCAGGGAGAGUGGGUGAGCUGCCUCUGUCAGCUCCAGCUCCCCGUAUGGGGACAUGAGAGAAGCCUCCCAAAAGGAUGGUAAAAUAUCAAAACAUCCAGGAGUCUCCUGGGCAAUGUCCUUGCAGAUGGCCAAUUCUCUCACAUCAGAAGCAACUUGCAGUUUCUCAAGUUGUUCCUGACAUGAAAGAAGAAAAACCUCUGCUUUAAUGUCCAUGGCUGAAUGCUAUGGAAUCAUGACAUUUGUAAUGAGGCACCAGAGGAGUAGGGAAACCCCCUUAUAAAGCUACAACUCCUGUGAUUCCAUAGCACUGAAUCGUGGCAAUUCAAGUGGGGUGAAACUGCAUUGAAUCUACAGUGCAGAUACAUCCCGAGUCUAUCCAUCUGGAAGGCGAUCUUCCUCCUUUCCUGCUGUCCUCCAAUCUACCUACCAUUAUCAUCUUUUCUAGUGAGACAUCUCUUAUCAUGAUUAAAUGUCAGACCCACUGAACUUUUACUGCCAUGAUUCUGUGCUGUGAAAUUUGUAGUGCUCUUUGGUGGAGAAGGUAAAGUCCUUGCAAAACUCCAACUCCCAGGAUCUCAUAGCAUUGAGGCAUGGCAGUUCAAGUGGGGUCCAGCUGUAUUCAGUAUAGUAGAGGGGCCAUUUUCUCGUGUGCCUGUCAAACCAUCCUGACUCUGUUUUUCCAACCUGAUAUUUCUACCAAGAAAGGGUUAAUCCAGAACAACAUAAUCAGGGCUUGAGGUGGAGGAAUCCAGCUAAACAGGCUGAACUGCCUGGGCCAGGGACUGUUUGGUUAGAAGGCGGGAUUCCAUUAUGAAUGGGAGAGGGUCAGAUCCUGAUAUUGGUAGGUUGAUAGUAAAGUGGCAGGGUGGCAGGAGGUGUGCUAAAUACCAGCCAAAGAAGUUGGCAUUUUGCACAUAUUCUUUCCAGAGGGCUCAUCUUAGAGCUGCUCAGAGGGCAGUUCUGUGAUGCAAUUUAGAAGUGGAGUAGAAGGAAUUGGGUUUGCUGUGCAGCAACUACGUAAAUGUCCCAGAAACCAGUUCGGGGCUGAGACAGUGGCUGCAGUAUUAGCUGAUUGCGGAUCAGAACUAAACCCAGAAACCACAGUAUCUGCAGUUAGACAGCCUCUGGAGUUUUUUCUUAUCCAGUCCAGUAAGAUGUGUUGAAGUGAAUGGACCAUGUCCAUUCUAGAUCAGCAUUGGACCAUGGCAGGGAAGUGAGAGCAAUGGGGUGGCAAGCAAGGGUUCCCAUAAUGUGGUUUCCCUCUUGGGGGAGAAAUUGUUUACCUUCCAGCCAGCUGUGUUUUGGCAUUUUUAAAGUGCUUCAGCAUUAGGAGUGUCCUGAGAAGUAAGGAUUCACUGUCAUUAACAGUUUUGUAUGUCCACAUGAAGUCCAGGAAUGUAUCCCCUGUGGAUCUGGGGGUCAUGCUGUAUAUCCCUAUGACUUUUCCCCUGUGUCUGGAACUUAAAAUAGAACUAAACAUGCCUUAUUAAACCAUACAGUAGUUAAAUUGAACCCAGGUUAAACACACAGUUGUAAGAGAAGUGUAACACCUGUACAAACACAUAAAAAGCCACAGCCAGUCAGUUGCCAAACAUCUCCCCAAAUGGCAAGGCCUUUGGCUCCUGGCAGGACGACAAAAAGGAGGCCAACCUAAUCGGCCUUGGAAGAGAGAGCCACAGUCUGGAAUGGACGUCUACAAUUCUCCUACACAGGUGGGUCUAUAGUGUUCCAAGCUGCAUCAUUUUCAACUGAUCUACUUAAAAGUUAUACACACCUCCAUCUACAUACUUGUUUAUGAGCAAGGAACCAAUGGUCUCAGUAAUUCAUAGCGAAUCAGUGUCUCCUUCAGAACCAUUGACGGCCUCAGUUUCUGUGCAGCUAGACAAUACGUCAGAUGCUGUCAAGUCUGCAAUGCCACCACUAAAUCUGCAAGACUACAGUGGGGAACAAGUGUUUAACCCAGACGUUUCCAACUUAAUUUGCACAUCAGAGAUGGGUGUCUCACUAUCAAAAGUAAAGAAGGAAAUUGAGAAACCACAGACCACUGUCUAUGAAGCUUAUCUCAAACUACCAGAUGUGUGCACAGAACUCUCUAGAGACUUCAUCCCAACCCUGGAGGAGAUUGAAGAGUUCCUGAAUGAGAAAAUGUCAGCUCUCAAGGAUGAGCUCAGUGAGAAACAGCAAGUAGGAAGACAGUUUGAGAUAACAUCUGAAAUCAGCCUGGGCAGCCCUGGAGAACAGUCUGUUACUGGAACCAAUUUGGAUGAUGGUCUUUCAAGCUCUAUUCAGUCUGGCGGCACAAGCAUACCUGGAACGUUGGGGACUAUCCCUGUUGUCCUUCAGAUCCAGCCCACCCAAGUGACUGAAGGUGAUCCGUCUACUCAGGGCCUUAUUGGAGGCAUCAGAGUGACACAAUUGGUCAUCAAAAUGCAAGGCCAGAGCUUGACUAUUCUUCCUCAGGUUGUCCAAAGCCCUGUCACAGGCACAGACCAAAAGUAUGUGCGCAUUGCCCCUUUGCCUGUGGCAUUGAGACCUGGAGUUCUUGGAAGCACAAAGAGUACUGAGGCCAAACUCCCCAAGUUUUCUCCUUCCACCAUCCGGGUCCACAAGUGCACACAUCCUGGCUGCACCAAGAUGUACACCAAGAGUUCUCACCUCAAAGCACACUUCCGACGUCACACUGGGGAAAAGCCUUAUAUAUGUACUUGGCCAGACUGUGGCUGGAAGUUUUCCCGUUCGGAUGAGCUCUCUCGCCACAAGCGUUCUCAUUCGGGACUGAAGCCUUACCAGUGCCAAGUCUGUGAGAAGAAAUUUGCCCGCAGUGACCACUUAUCCAAACAUAUGAAAAUCCACAAAGGGUCAUUCAGUUUGGGAAGUCGGACAGCCCAAGGUUGUAUUGGAAACAGUUAACCCUCCCUUUGCUGCUGUCCCAAGAGAAGCCUCUCAGUCGCAUUAGAUGGAAACACAAAAUACUAUUUUCCUUUAGGAAGGAAGGAGACAAGGGACUGAUAGCUUAAAAUAUGUGGAUGGCAUCCACCUGAACAUGCCUUACAGUCACUCUUGAUCAUUGUGAGCCUUUCUGCAAACAUUUGAAGAGGGAAUGCAGCAUUUAAAGCUGUUGAAGUGGGAAGAAUACAAUGCUCACUUUUGAAUUUCAGAAUCAGGACUAUUUUAAAGUAUUUCUAACUCUUAUGCAUGGGAUGAUAAGUGAAAUAGGAGUUUCUUUUUCAGCAGUUUUGUCUCCAUCAGCAUCCUAUCUGAUCACUCUGUUACUGAUCCUACAAUGUAAAUGAACAUGAAUGUUAAAUAAUGGCACCAAAUGGAUGCCUGCUAAAAUUGUGAAAACAAGUCUGAAAAUUAUGAAACGUAAUUACAUUUAAAACCAAGAUGUCCUAUUUCUGCAUGAAUUCUAAAGUCCGUUGUUUUGAAAUAUGAGCUUCACCUUCGUAAAGCCAUAUUGAGCCCUUUAGGUUUUGUAGCAUUCAAUAGAAUUUUCUUGGUUUUCGAUGUCUGUCAUUGCAGAAACUCAUUGCAUUUUGGAUUACUGUGAUUUGGCUCUUACAGCCUGUUUAAAUGCCUUUGUUCUGAAUGGUGACUUUCAGUGCCUACAAUGGCAUACAGAGUGAACUUUGUGCACACAUUCUUCUCUCUCUCUCUCUCUCUCUCUCUCUCUCUCUCUCUCUUUCUGAGAACUGUAUGGUGAAAAACAGAUUCUCCUUUGUCUGUGUUAUCAGGCAAGAAAAGGUAUCUUCAGAUCAGACCAUUCUGUAAACUUUGGGGAUGUAGUAGGGCUUAUGGGGUUCAAACUUUCAAACUUCUCUUUGUUGGCUGGCAGAGUUUGGGAAUUUUAGUUGAUUUCUCCCUCUUUUCAAUUGAGUUCAUGUGAUUGUUGUGCUCUCAUUUUAUACACACACACACACACACACACACACA